AUGGAGUUGACACCUCAAUCCACUCGUUCCCCAACACCGCCUUUCACAUUCUCAGGCCACUCACAGCCACUCUUUGAAUAUCCUUCACCGGCUCAAAGUGACUCGAGAUACAGAUCAACGGAUUCUAUUCAAGGCUUGGGACUCUAUUCUUGCUCUAUUCCAGGAUCUCCACCAGCAAUGGACAAUCAGGAUGCUAGCUCGGAGUCAGGAGGCUCAUCGGCUGUGAUCGCCAACCACUGGGCAGAUACGCCUUUGCAACACCGUGAUUCGCCCAGGUCCUCAAGAUCGACUCCUAACAUCCUUUCCGCGGAGUAUGAUCCCUUUGCCUCCUAUAAUCCGGCAGUAUCAGCUCCUUUCACUUCUGAUAUAUAUACCACUUCCCAGACUGCCGAAAUAUCCAUUCUUCCAGCUUCUCCACUUCACUCCAGCAAUACCUCUCAUCGCUCUUCACUUUCUUCUGCUCCACCUUCAGAGAUAUUUACUCAAGCAGGAUCAAUACCUUCUUACACUCCGCGUAUAAAGAUGGAAGACCAUACAGAAUAUGCUCCAAAUAGUGAUUCUUUCACACUAGGCUCCCCCCACAAUGGCCACACUCAAUAUGUUGGUGCAACAACUACUUACCCAGGGUCGCUCGAGACUUCAUACUACGACCAAUUACAAUGGGGACAAAAGGUUGAAUACACUUCCACUGACUUGCCACCAUUCUCGGCUCUACAAAUCCCGAAUUAUGACAGACGAUCCGAAAGUCAGGAUACAUCACCAUCACAUGAUUUUCGACGUCCAAGCGUAGUAGCAAGGACCAGGGGACCUCGAAAGCUCACCACCAAGGAAGAUGCAAACUUCCAAUGUCGUGUUAAAGGAUGUGGAAAGCUUUUCGGUCGUAGUUACAACUACAAGGCGCAUAUGGAAACACAUGAUGCAGACCGAGAGUAUCCAUUUCCAUGUACCGUGGACAACUGUACAAAAAAAUUUGUCCGGAAGACGGACCUUCAACGCCACAACCAGAGUGUUCACAUGAAGCAACGAAACCAUAAGUGUGACUAUUGCAGUAGAUUCUUUGCAAGAAAAGACACACUGAGAAGACAUAUGGAAGAUGGUUGUUCUAAACGCUUUGAUAUCGAAACUGUUGAUUUCAGACCUCAGAACUACGCUAUGGACAACAACACCAUGAACACACUAAAGCUAGUGCUUCCACCUCAUCCAGAUCAGAUGGGACGGAAUCCAUCUUACAUUCAGGACUCCCACUAUUCAUCACCUCCACACAGCGGAAGCUCUGGUCAUGCGCCUCAUGACGCUAUGGUUAGCCCUCUUACAUCAGCCUCAUCAGGGGCUCCAUAUCUAAUGACGACAAGCUCGGAACAUCACAAUCAUGAACCUAUAUGGCAUACUCAGUAG